AUGAAUAUGAUGCAAAUGAAGGACGCACAUUUGAAUGGAGAUAAACGGUAUCGAAACGGGAAUCCGAAAUCAUUUGGAAAGAACUCCUCGACGCCUGAGGCAGCAUGUUUUGGUGCACCAUGCUCCAUUCCAGGCUCCUCGAUUGGGUGCCGGGGCAUUUGUGGAAGGAGUUGGGUGCCAGCUUCCCGUUUCCUCGCUCUGCCCGCUGUCCACCGCAAGCAAUUUUCGAAAAAUCCUUUGGCUUCUGAGAGCAAUCCACCACCACCCACACAACACCACCUCUCUCACACCCGUCGACCGUCGUCACCCUCUUCCCUGUUGUGCUUGUCGCCCUUGAGAGACCCAUUGGCAAACGUUGCGAUUGCCAUCGACGACACACUCAACCCGGGACACCUCCCCCCUCUCCUCUCCCGUUCUCUUCCGUCGACGAGAAAGUCUACUUCGCCCAACAUGUUCGCAAGGUCCAGCCUGCGGUCCACGCGGGCGUUUUCCGGCAUCAAUGUCACCAAGCGCGCCGCUUCUACGAGCUCCGGUGCCGCCGAGGCCUCGCCCCUGCGCCUGAACAUCGCUGCCGCCGCGUCCACUGCCGUCGCCAUCGGCUCGGCUGCCUGGUACUACCACCUUUACGGCCCUGUUGCCCAGGCGGCGACGCCGGCAGAAGAGGGUCUCCACCCCGCCAAGUACCCCUGGGUCCACGAGCAGAUGUUCAAGACCUUUGACCACCAGGCGUGA